CAUUAAGCGGUAUCAAAAAGGCUUAUCAAAUCGAAUUCGACAGGAACGUUGCUCUUAAAUAUUUAAAAAAUGAUAGUCAUAAAAGUGAAGAUGAAUAUUAUAGAAGUUUUUUCAGAGAGGUACAAAUUUUAACGAAACUAAACGCGGUCAAUAACGAAAAUAUAAUUAGAUUUUUAGGAAUCAGUAAAGGUCUCUCGCCAAAAUCUUAUUACAUUAUACUUCAACAUGUAUAUGGUGAAGAUCUUAGAACACGUUUACAGAAAAAGUUUAUUGAAUUAAGUUGGCUUAGUAAAGUAAAAAUGGCAAAAGAUAUAACUAAUGGUUUAAAUUAUAUUCACCGCGCAAAUAUCGUUCACUGUAAUUUG